CAAGUGACGUCAACGUUUGUGCUGCUGGCAGAAUACUAGUUCAUCUCGCGACCAGACUUUGUAGUGGGGACAAUCAUAACCGUCUUGAUUUGGGAUAUUUCCAUUUUUAUUUAGUUUUUACAAGGAAUUGGUUUAUCUUAUUAUUAGUUUGGCUUAUUAUCAAAAAUAUCAAUGAUGGCCUGCUCCGGGUUCACCUGCUCCAAGCACUCCCUCUGUGCGCUCAAUAUCCUUUAUGUUUUGGUGAGUCUGCUGAUGAUCGGCAUCGCUGCAUGGGGGAAGUGGUUCGGCCUGGUGUCCAGCUUCCAGGUGGUGGGCGGAGUCAUUGGAGUGGGCGUUUUCCUGUUCUUUGUGGCGUUGGUCGGCCUCAUCGGGGCCGUGAAGCACCACCAGGUCCUACUCUUCUUCUAUAUGAUCAUCCUCUUCAUGGUGUUCAUCGUCCAGUUCUCUGUCUCCAGCGCCUGUCUGGCCAUCAACAAGGAUCAGCAGGAACAACUGUUGGAGGUGGGAUGGAACAACUCUCAUACCACCCAGAGAGACGUAGAGAAGAGUCUCAACUGCUGUGGCUUCUACCACGUAGACAACAACGGGACCUGUGACGCUGCCUGUUUCCCCAACCACUCCUGUUCACCGUGUGCUGAGCACAUCCAGGCGCAUGCAGGAGAGGUGUUGCGCUUCGUGGGCGGGAUAGGCCUCUUCUUCAGUUUCACUGAGAUCCUGGGGGUGUGGCUAACGUAUCAAUACAGGAACCAGAAAGACCCUCGAGCCAAUCCCAGUGCCUUCCUGUAACUGCUGGCAACUGCUGGCUCUGCACCAUUCCCCCCUCACCCCACACCCUGGAAGUGGCUAACCCUCCUCCUGGAGAGCUACUGGAUGUGCAGGCUUUUGCUCCAGCCCUACUCUAACUAACACUAACACAGCUGAUUCUAAACAAAUUAGUUGCUCAUCGGGUCUAUUUUCAGCUAAAUCGGUUGUAUUAGUUAAAGCGGGACCAAAGUAAAAGCCUGCAGUAGCUCUCCUGGUGGAGGUGGGUUUUCCGCCUGUUUUAGGGACUGUGUUUGUAAAUAAGCGAGUGACUUGUGUGUGUUUUCACCAGCUGAGCGAAGCGGCAGGCCUUUGUGUGGUGUUUCAUAAAGGUGUGUGUCUGGAAAAGAACUGGGUCGUGUUCAUUAGGGCACUAAACAGGAGAAAACUGACUGAGACAGGAGGAACUACAUUUUCCUUCACAUUUCCAGUUGCAAACUGUUUUCUGUUGUGUGCCCUAAAGAACACGACCGGCUGUAUAUUAAAAUGCUGCAUGAGUCUAUUACCCUAAUAGGACACCUGAGGCCACUCCCAAUCCGAAUCAUAUGCUGUAUUUAACCUCUCAUACGUAUGUGGCUCUGCUUCCGAUGACAAAUCUCUUGGAAUCAACGUUUUCAGAGAAUACAUUUGAUAUUUGAUACACCCUUGAUGGGCAAGCGUUCAGUAUGCUCAGACCAGUAUUAGAACAUGUGAACUGUGAUGUUGUGACUACUGAAUGACUCCUGUAUUACAAACAAUGACUGACAUAAUGAAGAACAGUUUGUAAUAUUUUGAGCGCAUGGCGAUUGAAGAUAUCAUUGAAUAUUUGUACAUUUGAUUUUAACACUCAAUAACAGGACUGUAGCGUGCUGUUGACAGUUGUGUGCUGUAACUACAUAACUACAGCUAUUUAAGCAGCUUGUUGUUGCCUUUACUUGAAGUCAUCAUGCUACACAGUAUUCAACAAAAAAGUUGUUCUUUAUGUAUAUUUCUGUGUAAACAUUCCUAAUUAUUAGAAAUCUGCUAAACCAAAUGCAUUAAUGUAAGAGUCAAUUGCUUAUGCCGUCUGAAUAUCAACACUAUGUAAUUCUGGGGAAGACUGACCUGAAAACAAAAUAUGAUCCACUUUGUUCUGCUGAUAGUGAUUCAAAGCCUGGCAGUCGAUUGUGCUGCUGCAUCAUGUCUCUGCUAGUAUGUGCUGCUGCAUCAUGUCUCUGUUAUUAUGUGCUGCUGCAUCAUGUCUGCUAGUAUGUGCUGCUGCAUCAUGUCUCUGCUAGUAUGUGUUGCUGCAUCAUGUCUCUGCUAGUAUGUGCUGCUGCAUCAUGUCUCUGCUAGUAUUUGCUGCUGCAUCAUGUCUCUGCUAGUAUGUGUUGCUGCAUCAUGUCUCUGCUAGUAUGUGCUGCUGCAUCAUGUCUCUGCUAGUAUGUGCUGCUGCAUCAUGUCUCUGCUUGUAUGUGCUGCUGCAUCAUGUCUCUGCUAGCAUGUGCUGCUGCAUCAUGUCUCUGCUAGUAUGUGCUGCUGCACCAUGUCUCUGAUUGUAUGUGCUGCUGCAUCAUGUUUCUGCUUGUAUGUGUUGCUGCAUCAUGUCUCUGCUUGUAUGUGCUGCUGCAUCAUGUCUCUGCUAGCAUGUGCUGCUGCAUCAUGUCUCUGCUUGUAUGUGCUGCUGCAUCAUGUCUCUGCUAGUGUGUGCUGCUGCAUCAUGUCUCUGCUUGUAUGUGCUGCUGCAUCAUGUCUCUGCUUGUAUGUGUUGCUGCAUCAUGUCUCUGCUAGCAUGUGUUGCAUCAUGUCUCUGCUUGUAUGUUCUGCUGCAUCAUGUCUCUGUUUGUAUGUGCUGCUGCAUCAUGUCUCUGCUUGUAUGUGCUGCUGUAUCAUGUCUCUGCUUGUAUGUGCUGCUGCUACUGAUGGUUCUGUGAACUAGGUACCUGAGCCUUUGUACAAGAAAUCACAAUAAAAUUGAUAUUUUACAUCUA